CACCUUUUAUGGCCGCGAGGAGGGAUCACAGCACAGAGUAUGCAUAUACCGUAUAAUAAUUCGGUUGUCCAUGGAAUAUCGAGAUUUAAAGAUCUGCAAGGGUUAGUUUGAUACAAAAGCGCGCACGUGAUCGCGGUAAAACGAAGGGGGUGGGCGGGGGUGAUCUUUGUGAUAAACAACCGAAAGAGAAAAACGAUACAAAGUAUCUAACGAGGGUAUGCGUAGUGAUCAUUGUGGCAUUACAAUAAUGUGCGCGCGGUUAAAUUAGCGGGUAGAAAGUAAACGAUAUCGUCGUCGCCCCUUAUCAUUGGAAACUUAGAGGAAGAUAGAGAAGAAAAAAUAAUUGCAAUCGAAUAACAAUCGAGUAGGUCGUGGCGUUGCUGAGUGGCAGGGGAAGCAGAUAGCUAGGUGUGUUGGUUCGUCGAGUGUGUAGAUCUCGGAUACAACAAUAUGGCGGCUAACCUGGAAGAGGAGCAAAGUUUGCGGGAGUGCGAGGAGUACGUUCAACGGCACAACAUUCAGCAGGUUCUGAAGGACUGCAUUGUCCAACUGUGCGUUGGCAGGCCCGAGAACCCAGUCUCGUUCCUACGCGAGUAUUUCCAAAAACUUGAAAGGGAACAAGCACACGAUGCAAAACAGCAGAGCGCGACGAGUCCUGAAGACACGGAAGAUAUGCCAGCGGGUCAACAAGGGCCGCAGGUGCCUCGGCGUCGAGGAGGAAUUUCGGCAGAGCCGGUAUCAGAAGAGGAUGCGACCAGCUACGUUAAGAAGGUGGUGCCAAAGGACUACAAAACUAUGGCUGCCUUGAGUAAAGCAAUUGCAAAAAACGUACUCUUUGCUCAUUUGGACGAAAACGAGAGGUCGGAUAUAUUCGACGCGAUGUUUCCCGUCACGUUUUUACCUGGCGAGCCAAUCAUACGCCAAGGAGACGAAGGGGACAAUUUUUACGUAAUUGAUCAAGGCGAGGUCGAGAUAUUUGUCAACAGUGAGUUGGUAACAACGAUAGGCGAAGGCGGCAGUUUCGGAGAACUUGCGCUAAUCUACGGGACUCGGCGAGCAGCUACAGUCAGAGCAAAAACUGACGUGAAACUUUGGGGCAUCGACAGAGAUUCGUAUCGGAGAAUUCUCAUGGGUUCUACUAUUAGGAAACGUAAAAUGUACGAGGAGUUCCUCUCCAGAGUUUCCAUAUUAGAAUCGUUGGACAAGUGGGAAAGGUUAACGGUCGCAGACGCUUUGGAACCUGUAGUUUUCGAUGAUGGUGAAACGAUCGUUCGGCAAGGUGAACCCGGCGAAGAUUUCUAUAUUAUUGUAGAGGGAAUGGCUGUCGUUCUUCAACAACGUACAGAAGGCGAGGAACCUUCGGAAGUCGGCCGUCUUGGGCCGUCGGACUAUUUUGGAGAGAUUGCGCUUUUACUGGACAGGCCGCGAGCAGCUACUGUAGUUGCUACAGGGCCGUUGAAGUGUGUCAAAUUAGAUAGAGCACGAUUUGAACGUGUAUUAGGUCUCUGCGCCGAUAUUUUAAAACGCAACAUCACCCAAUAUAACAGCUUCGUGUCCCUUUCCGUAUAGCUGUCUCGCCGUUAUCUCAAACAAUAAAAAAUCGUGUCGCGCCAUCCUCCCCGUGUACACAAGAAUCUACAACAAUACACCCUGACCGUUAAAAUUUAUUAUUUCAUUAAUAUUAUAUUUUAAUUAUUAUUAUUGUAUUAUAUACCAUCUAUUAUUAAUAUAUUCAUAUUAUAUAAUAUUAGAAUCUCUACACUAUAAAUAAAAUUGAAUGAUGAUUAUUACACAUUACGAAGAUAAUGUGUCAUAUCUUGGACAUCACUGUAAGUUGGGACCUUCAAAUCUCAAUUUACUACGUGCAGGUUUUUCUAAUAUAUUUUAAUUAUAUCAUUAUUAGAAAAUGACAAUAACGGUAACAGCAGAAAAUUCAAAACCAUACCUGUAGAACCAUUUAUCAAUAACGUAAAGUAAAAAAAUCGCAUCUUUUGAAAUGUUUGAAAGAAACAACGAAAAGAUUUCCGUGAACGAAUUUUGCCAUACCAUUUUUGAAUUAGUGGCUGAAUAAGAAAAAUUCACAAUUAUUACACAAACGAAAAAUAGUACAUCGUAUAUUACGGGCGAAAACCGAACGAUUGACGGGAGUGCGAUUUUCAGAAAGCCAAAGUGCACGAAGAGCGCGGUGGAAGAUCGCCGAGGCUGAGCUAAAAAUCGCAUGACCAGCGUCAAUCGCCUUCCGCCCAUGGUGCACACGAUACUCUUCGUCCACAUCUGCAUUGAAAGUUUGCCUUCGAGUACACGAUCGUCCUUUAUCGCGUAGUACAGACUCGAUUUUGCGCCAGGUAUUCGGAGAAGCAGGUGCAAAUAGUAUUAAUAUUAUGCAACAAUGAGGCAGCGAUCUUUUCCGGCCGAGCGUAAAUUUGCAAUAUUCGUCUUCGGCUCCUGUCCGUGUUCACCUACGACUCAAGUUGCAAACUUAGGAUCGGACGGAAAAGAUCGUUGCUUCCUUGUUGUAAAAGAUUCUUUAUGGAACAAGAGUAUGUUACGUGUUUUUCACGAAGCACGAAAUUAAGUUUAUGGGUCACGUAAUAUCAGAUUUGUUCGCGACACCGCAUGAGCGCAGUACAGAAAAGACUACUUAUACUCCUCGGACUUACAAGUAGUCUUUUCUGUACUCUGCGCAUGCGGAUUCGUAGACUCACUCAACCGUCAUAGAAACGCAUACUUUGUGUACGAAAACAAUCAUGCAAAAACGCGUAAAACAUCCUCGCGUUAUAUAAAUAUGCUUUUGCGCCCGCGCACUUACGAUAUUUCGUGCCCACCUAUUCGUUUUCUGACGGGAAGAAGACACUUUGCGGCCACUUUAUAUGCACGAUAAGUAAUACUUUCUGUGUAGGUUGAACAAAAAAUAUUUCAAUCUGUCCACAAGGUUUCGUUACUUUUUUCUUACGAAUAGUUUAUCACUGUAGAGUUCGUAUUGAGAAACAUACGUCUUAGUAAUAACAACACUUAUCAGAAAACAGCAGAUAACACUAGAGAAUGAAUCAACGACGAGAAACUAACAGCAAAAUCUGAAGUAAAAAUAAUUUAUUAUGUAAACGAUAUCAGAUGGGCAAUAUAUUGUACAUUGAGGUAUGUAUGCCAUAAUUAUGUCAUUUAUGCAACAAAUAUUUACUACCUUAAUGUAUAUGAUUUAUGUGUGAUUGGAAAUUGUUUCAUGAGCAUCAUUUUCCCGAUGCACACAAGUGUUAUUUACGAUCAAUUUCUAUACAUACGUGAAUGCAAUAAAUCCACGGUGAAGUUCUGCUUUUCUUCUCUCAUUUGCUUUCAUGCUUGCGUUCUCUCUCGAUCAUUAUCUUUCACACCCUUUUUUACUCUCACUUUCUUUUCAUUAACUCUUUUAAAAUGUUGCCGUUCAAUCGAUACAAAUAUAACAUACAUACAUACAUAUAUAAAUAUGUCGGAAACAAUGAAUAGUGUAUAA